AUGAAACCAUUUUUCCUCUCUCAGUCGACCCCGAACCCUGAAAUCAAAUGGAUUAGCGGGAGUAAUUUCCAUCAUAUUUUUGCAUUAGAAACUGACAUCAAUAUUGAUGAUCGACAGUCUAGAGAAGGCUCAGCCGUUACGACAAAACACAAGUUCGUUAAUGAUGGUGGAUUUAACAGUGGAAUGAGCGGAAUCAGCGGUGUCCCAACACGAACGACAUCAACACUAACGCCUACGACAUUAAGGAAUAUUGAACAGACCUUCCAAGAUCUCACAAAUGACCUUGCACAAUCGGGUCCAUAUUCCGCUGGAUUUGUGCCACCACCAGCACCAACCAACCAGAAUCAGAAUCAAAAUCAAUUAACAGUCUUGACCAAUCAGUUACCACCAUACCAGCCUCCUAUGCGUAAUCAACAACAACAGCAGCAGCAGCAACAACAACAGCAAGCGCCAAUGAUCCCAGCAUUUUUAAAUGAAUUGGAACCAAAUAGUAUGGAGUCAAUGGACUCAAGCUCAAUGUCAGACUCAGGUUCAUGGCAUACGCCACCACCGACCGUCAUGGAUGAUUUAAAUGGAAAUUCUAGAGGACGUCCACGUAGUAGUUAUGCCUCGCCUGGAUCAUCUUCAUCAAACAGUAAUCCGAAGCCAACUCGUCGCAAUGCUGGUGGACGAAAACCUAAUAAAUCGUCAAAUUUGUCACCAGAAGAAGAAGAGAAGAGAAGAGUUCGUCGUGAAAGAAACAAGCAAGCAGCGGCUCGUUGUCGUAGACGACGUGAAGAUCAUACACAGGAAUUGCAGGGACAAGUUGAUGACCUGGAAGACAAGAAACGUCAGAUAACCAACGAAAUUCAACAAAUGAAUCAACUUCGUGACGAACUUUACGAACUUAUUGACGAGCAUAGAAAAUUAAAUCGUUGUGUUAUUGGUGAUCGUCAAAGCCCACCAGAUGUGAAGCCAAGACAAGAAUUUGACAUAACAACACCAACGACACCAUACAUGCCUCAAUUGAACACACCGACUUUCAUGAAGAAUGUCAAACCGAGUCGUCCAUCAUCGCUUAAUGUGCCGGCAAAUCUCAAACCUUCUGAUCUGCUUGCACGUAAAAAUGUGGCAGAUAUUGCUGGCGUUUCUGUUAACACACCAUCAGCUGGAAUGUUUAAUUUUGACAGUCUAAUGGAAGGUGGUACUGGCUUAACACCAGUGAAUCCUUUAGUUCCAUGUUCCCCACAAAAUCGCAAUCCAAUGGAAAUGUUGCAAACACCAACAAGUGAACCUUCAAACGCUGAUGAUGAUGAUGAUGAUCAUGAUGAUAAAGAUGAUGAUGAUGAUGAUGAUGAUGACAUUGAUGAUGAAACAUGA